AUGGGGUUGCAGAACAAUUAUGGCAAGUGGAUCUGUAACAAUGUCGAAGAGCUCGAAGAUGCUUCAAUACAUCAAUUAUCGGAUGAGAGUUACCAUCCAGGACGGCCGUCAAUUGGUGGCAAGUUCAUGGCCUUCGACUGCCACAUGAACCUCGUCAUAGGAGAUUGCGAAGAGUUCCUGCAACUGCCUCCGGCGAAAGGCAAAAAGAACGAGGAGAGAGAGGAACGCCAUACUCUCGGCCUCGUACUCCUCAGGGGCGAAGAAGUCAUUUCAAUGACCGUCGAAGGUCCUUCUCCUCCUGACGUGUCUCGAGCCAUAGGCGCCGGUUCCGUUCCGUCUGGACCCGGUGUUGGUCGGGCCGCAGGCCGUGGCUUCCACAAUGGGCCACUUGUUCAGGCCCAACCUGGGUUAGCUGGGCCGGUUCGUGGCGUUGGUGGGCGUGCCCCUGGAAUGAUGCAGCCACAGAUUUCUCGCCCGCCGAUGAGUUAUCCCCAACCGCCAGUUAUGCGGCCGCCGAACCAGAUGAGGGCCCCUUAUCCUGGCCAGGCGCCACCUCAAAUGCCUAGGGGCCUGCCGCCACCGCCUCAGUUUGCUCAGCGGCCAGGUGGGCCGCGACCUGGGUCAUACCCGACGCCGCCUCAAUUUGCACAGAGGCCGAUGGUUCCACCCCCUCAGAUGAUGAGGGGACCGCCUCCACGACCUGGGAUGCGGCCGAACCAGAUGAGGGCCCCUUAUCCUGGCCAGGCGCCACCUCAAAUGCCUAGGGGCCUGCCGCCACCGCCUCGGUUUGCUCAGCGGCCAGGUGGGCCGCGACCUGGGUCAUACCCGACGCCGCCUCAAUUUGCACAGAGGCCGAUGGUUCCACCCCCUCAGAUGAUGAGGGGACCACCUCCACGACCUGGGAUGCCGCCUCCCCCGCGCUUUGGUAUGAUGCCUCCACCGGGUGGUGGUAUUCCAGUCUAUGGCCCGCCUCGUCCUGGGAUGCUACCUCCACCAAAUGCCCCUCCACAAAAUCAGCCACCGCAGCAGUGA